AAGCACCUCUAUUGAGGGUUUUAACUUGGCAUCACUCGUGCAAAAUGGUCGGAAAUACGGGUCUUAAACAGAAGAAACUUGGGGACAUAUUGUCCGAGAAACAAGUGAAUUGCGUUGUGAGGAAAUUACUGGGUGGUGGGAAGGAAUGGCGUGUAGUGAGGUCAGAGGUGAAGGCGGCGGCGGACGGGUUGAGCGGGUUCCUGGGGGACCACCUACGCGUGACCCUGGAGGUCGCAGGGGACUCCACUAAGACCUUGCAUCUGUUUAUCAAGAGACUGCCGUAUGACAACCAGGCGAAGGUCGACUUCAUUGCUGAGAACAACUUCUUUAAGAAAGAAGCUUUAGUGGGCCGUCUACUUGAUUUGCUGCAGAGUGAUAAUGAUCCUCACCCAUGGUGUGCGAAGACCCUGAUCUCCACGGACACCAUGAUCGUAAUGCCGGACAUGCGUCCUCUGGGUUACACCGUGCGGUCUCAGCGUGACACCCUGGACGUCCCGCAUCUCCUCUGCGCCGCCGCCUCCGUCGCCAGGUUCCACGCAGCGUCCGCUAACUAUGAGACCAAGAAGAGACUCCAAACUAACAAACCGUGGACAUUCUCGCAGGAGUACGGUGAGGAAAUUUUCAAAGACCACCAAUUCAAAGCAUCCAAUGAUGCCCAGUGGAUGCGGGCCAGUGCAAAACUAACAGCCAAUGUUCUUAAAGCCUUCUCCAAAAAAUACAGUGAUACCACUGAUUUGGAAGAGAAGAUAAUGAAUAAGUUUAUACAGGCUUGUAAACCAUUUCACGAAUAUGACAAUACCUUAAAUGUGUUACUUCAUAAAGACUUAUGGAUCACUAAUAUCAUGUUCCGAUACGAAAAUGGCGAGCCGGUAAACACGUUGCUCGUAGACUAUCAGUGUCUUCGGUAUGGACCCCCAGCUUUCGACCUCAUGAUAUUAUUGUACUGCACCACUACCAGGAGCUUCAGGGAGCAACAUGGAAUGAGUGUGCUCCGGCAUUACUACUCUGUAUUUUAUGAAAACGUAGAAGACGCAACGAAGCAAAGACUGGUCAAAUUAGGCUAUGAUGAGAAGAAAUUUCUGGAAUGGUGUGACACGGCUCGUAUGUUUGGAGCAACGCAAGCUGCAGGAUUUUACCCAAUGAUCCUUAUGGAUCCGAUGACGGCACAGAAAAUAUUUGAUAACCCAGAAACAUUCCAUGAAGUCUUCAUGAAGGAUAGGACAAAGCCAGUCCUAGAGAAUUGCUCCAAGGAUGCUUUAUACAAGGAGCGCCUACUGGAAAUCUCUGAAGAAUUUGCCGAAAGAUAUUUAGAAUCUUUAAACAUACAUAUAUUUGCAAAGAGAUUAUUGUAUUGUAUAUAUCUGAUGAAUACUUUGAUGGGUAUUCUCAGUCGGUGUCAAACAUACAAGAUGGUUGGUGCUGAAGUGGUACAGACACAGUAUAAGCUGGAAGAUGUCUUAACAGAGAAGCAAGUGCACUGCAUAGUGGAGCAAUUGCUGAAGAGUGGUUUGAAUUGGCGAAUUGUCGGUUCAGAGGUCAAGCCAGCCUCGAUUGAAUCGUCUGGUUUUGUCGGCGAAUACUUUGUUGUGAAGCUUCAUGUGAGAGCUGUUGAGGCUAGCGAGACACUUCACCUCUUUGUGAAGAGAGUACCCGUCAAAAAUCAACCCAAAGCCGAAUUCAUUAACUGCAAUCAUUUCUACAAGAGAGAAGACAUGGUCUAUCAACUUAUUAACGAAUUGUCUGUUGUUGAUGAUCCUCUCCCGUGGUGCACGAGAGGUUUGGUACACAACGAGUUCCUACUGGUCAUGGUGGAUCUCUGUUCUCUUGGCUACUCUCCAAGACCGCAGACAGAGACCCUGGACUUAGCUCACGUGCUCACCACCAUCAGUUCCGUCGCUCGGUUCCACGCUGCCACUGCUAACUACGAGACCAGAAAGACUCAGGAAAAUUCAUCACCUUGGACUAUGUCCCAGGCAUACGGAGAAAUUUUAGCUGAAGCCAACUUCAAAGACACUCCAUGGAUGAACUGUGCUGUUAAACUCACUGCUAAUUUAUUAAAAACAUUCUCAAAUAAAUACAAAAAUAUCGCAAAUUUGGAAACAAAGCUAAAUAAGUUGUUCUUCGAAGCUUGUGAUGAAUUGAAAGAAUAUGAAGAUACGUUGAACGUCCUGGUUCAUAAGGACUUAUGGAUCAACAACAUAAUGUUUCGUUACGAGGAAGACGUGCCAGUGAAUGCGUUGCUUAUAGACUAUCAGUGCCUUCGCUACGGGCCUCCGACAUUCGACAUCAUGAUGUUCCUCUACUUAACGACUUCCAAAGCCUUCCGGGAAAAGUACGAGCAGAUGGUUUUUCAGCGAUACUACUCAAUAUUGAUGAAUAAUGUCGACAAAGAGACCAAGCUGAGGCUGGAUCGUUUGAAUUAUGACGAGAAAGAAUUCCUGAGAUGGUGUGAGCGAAGUAGGAAGUUUGGUGCCAUGGCAGCUAUAGCUAUAUUUCCGUACAUUUUGAUGGACCCGGUUGAAGCUAAGAAGACGUUUGAUGACCCUGACACCUACACUGAACACUUGGCGGUAGACAGGUCUAAGCCAGUGAUAGCUCACUGCCUUCAGAACCCAAUGUAUAGGGAUCGCCAAGUUGAGGUAUGUGAAGAGUUCGUCGAAAGAUUUGUCGAGAAAUAAUACAAUAGGAGUAAGUGUAGUAGUUGUAGUAGAAUUACCGUGACUUUUUUUUAUUGGGAAGAAAGAAGGGACUAAAAAGGAAGAUAAAAACAAGGGAUUUUUAAAACACGAACUAGGUACUUUAGGUUUUAUGAAAAUUUAACCUCUCACUUGUUGGCACUAGUGGCUAGCACUAGCUGGCGCUACUAAGUUUAUAUAUCUAUAAGCUAUUUUGUUAGUGUUUCUAGAAAUAGGUUAGGAGGUAGGUUCUGGAAAGAUAUUGUUUUUGAGGGUUGAAUAAAUUUUAUUUAAAAAAAAUGUAUUUGUUUGUAGAUCUCAAUUGACAGUAAAUCGGUGACGGCAUGUAUUUCAAAAAGGCAAAGAAAUAAAGAAAGUACUUAAAUUGUUUGU